CUGUAUUUGAGCAAGACGGAGAAUCAAGUGAUAAGAUAACAGUAUUGUGGCGCUGGUCUUGUCUUUACUACCACCGCCAAUGCCAAUGAGACGGCAUACGCCAACACUCUAUUCUCACCCAGAGGACGAUGUAGGCGAUGGCGAUGAUGAGACUGCGUGGGGUCCCCUGCCCUCUGAUUCAGCGUAUUCUCCUUCUUUCGCAGCGUCCAGCUCUUCCGGCAGACUCAGAUCUCAUACCUCCCUGCCAGUCCCUCUCCAGCGCUCUCAUUCUUCCUUCAGCUCCGUGCCAUCUGCAACCAAAUAUCCAGAUUUGUAUGCACAGUUUCAACGUCGGUACCGAAACACGGAGCCCGUUGACCCCCGGGACGAUCCAGACAGCCACUACAACUACUUUCAAAAAGAUGUUGACAGCGACGAUGAGGACGCACCUAGAUUAUUGGGUGCAGAUGGUCGAGAUAGGAAGCACCUAUUGGGUGAGAACGAUCCACAGAUUCAGGCUUCGUCUGCAGAGGAGCAAGCCCGCCUCGAAUGGCAGGUUCUUUUUGCUUCCGUUCUUGCUGGCGACGUCCUGAAAUCGGAGAAGACUCGAAUACAGCGAGUAUUGGAGAGUUCCAGCGAUAGACGCAACAACAUCAAGCUCAACAUAUGGCUAGGACUUCGCUCUAGCUUCCAUGGCACUACACUGGAGGAGGAGCGGAAAGCGGUGGAGGAAAGAAGACUACGGAUAGUCGACCCAAUCAUUGACGAGGUCGUCAACUUUCGCUACAACCCUCACAAUGAUGACUCGGCACUGAAGCAGGUCAAUGACCUUCUCGCCCGUCUCGAUAUUGCUCAGUCUCUAUAUCCCAAUCUGAAACAUUUCCUCAACGACAAGCCCAUCACCAAAGAAGCUACUUUUCAAGAGCGGUGGGACGCCCUGAACACCUAUUCAACCAUCCUGACACGUCUUCGUGAUCAGAUAUCACUCCUCCAGCGCUGGACAGGAAGCGAAAAUCUCGAUGUUACGCAACCCAAUACUUCAGCUGAACAGCCUAUCGGUACCAACGUCAAAUCCUCUUCUGGUGCGACAGAAAUCGCCGACAGUUCCAGUUUCGUAGAACGGGUGCUGAAAGAGGAGUCAAUGCAGACCACGUUUGAGAAAGGCUUCCUUGGAAGCGUUCACGAAUUUAUCGGAGGUGUGCGAGCUGCACAAGUCACCUUUGCUUCCUCCUUCGAAACCAUGAGCCUUCCAACCUUUGAGACGGAGGUUAGGCCCUUGAUUGCAUUUCCGACGAAGCUUGCUCAGGCCUGCCUGCAUCUCCGCAUGGAGUAUACACAGAGCCUAAGAAAUCCCGAGGUUAUGAUUAUCGAUCAAAUGACAGAGGACCUUCGCCUUAGUAUCGGUCUUGCUUGUACGCUAAAGCGGCAGUACGAAGCGUUUCUCGCACCGGACCCUAGUGGGAGUUGGAAUCUUUCUCAGUGUAUUAGUGGAGAUUAUGAGGACAGCAUCCUACAGGCUGUAACCUUGUUCUUUAAACUGAUACACUUGAAGCUGAAGAGUGGGGUAAAGGGAAUCAACGAGACGGACAUUCUGGAGGCUCAAUGGCCUACGAUGAUCGACGUUAGUCUGACCGUUACCGGUGGUUCUGCUCGAGUUGCUGAGCAACUAUGCUCUACUACUAACCGCCUUAUGGUGCGAAUGAUUAACUACUUCGAUACACAAGUGCGCGUCCCCACGGGUGAAAAUACCCAAGAACAUCGUCACAAGCAUUCAGAGUAUAUGUCCAAUCCAAUGGAAUCGAAUGCAUCGACCAAGUCCAGAGAUCACAGUCCUGGGCAUUCAGACACAUUCAGAGUCUCCUCCGAUGAGCAAAAAGUUAACUGGUAUAACAAACUCCUGGAAAGCGUUCGACUACGAUAUCGCAAACUUCAACGUUAUGCACGAAUGCUUAACCAACGUUUUACCAACGCUGCCGAAUAUAGUCUUGACGACAUCAUCAUUGACGACUUCUUUGACUAUCUUUCAUCAUCCGGGUUUGUCCUUGUCUACACGUAUCAAUUUGAAGAAGAAGGAUUCUAUGUCCUUGCGUCCCCAAACCUCAUACACAAAGAGGCAACGAUAGCUCGCAUCAUGCAAGACGCGUAUAAUCCCUCUGAGAUCCUCAGUGAGGAUAGGCACAUGGUUUAUGGAGACGAGGAAGAGAUAUCAGGGAAGGAUAAAAGAAAGGGCGAAAAAGACUUUCCUGCUCAGUAUCUGCUUGUCCUUUCACCCCGCGCAUGGUUUGUGUGGCGCGGCCAAAUUGCUAAAGUGCCUGAUAUACCCAAGAUGGACCUUGCGCUUGCAGAUAACAGGAUGCGGCUUAUUGCAGAUGGAGGUCUCCGACGGCUUACUCUCGCGAAAGAAGCAUUUGCCCAGACCUUUGCGUUGGAUGAAACGGGCGAGAUGAUUGAGCAUCCUGUCAUACCCAUGACAUGUAUUGCAGACUGGCAAGCCCAUUAUUCCAGUGUAGAUCGAGAGCUGCAGAGAAUGAAUAGAUCUACGAUGCGACUUGCAGAGUCCAUCGUCGACUCAGUUCACCACGUUCGCAGCACGAUGACGAUAUCCAUGGGUUGUCACGAGCUAAUGGAGAGCUGGUAUCUCUUCGCAGCGGAACAUGGCCAACAUGCACAAAGACAUCUCGAAAAGUCCUCGUCUACAGGUUUCAAUCGGUUGAUGAUUAAGCUCGCCAUAUCUUGGCUAAACUUCAUAUGCAAUGAUUGUAACCCUGACGACCAAAAGACAUUUCGAUGGGCGGUGAAUGCUCUUGAAUUUACCUUCCAAUCCACUGUCCGGAAUAUCCUGAACCUUCCAGAUAAGCAGUUCCAGGUUCUUCGCAGUGGCGUCGCAAUGUGCAUGAUGCUGCUUACCGGGCACUUUGACAUCCUCGGUGCUAGGUCUAACAUUCUGGAGAAGGAGAAGCAGGAGCAGCUAGCCAAGCAAAAGAUAGCGGUGACGCCGCUUGACGACUUCCACAAGGUCUUUUCUCAGGAUAAUGGGCUAGGCACCAUUGACGUGAGUGCUCGUAAGUACUGGGAAAAGGCGGUUCGCUCGCUGCAGCGUGUCGAUGAAGAGCGUGAACGCAUAGGGACGGGAUUCCACACCAUUGGGCGCGUUUUGGACGAUGAAAAGCCCGAAGAUCGUUCACUUGUAUAUUUGGCCAAUUCCAGUUCCAACAUUGCGAUACGCUGGCAACAAGGCAAAUUUAUUGGGGCUGGCGCCUUUGGAUCUGUUUAUGUUGCCGUCAACUUGGAUUCAGGUUCUUUGAUGGCUGUGAAGGAGAUUAAAAACCAAGAAGUUGGCGUACGCGAUCUCUACGCUGAGAUCAAGGACGAGCUGAGCGUGAUGGAGAUGUUGCAGCACCCAAACAUUGUUGAGUACUAUGGGAUAGAGGUACAUCGAGACAAGGUUUACAUCUUCGAGGAGUAUUGCCAAGGGGGUAGUCUCGCCGCAUGGCUUGAACACGGGAGGAUCGAAGAUGAACUCCUGAUCCAGGUGUAUACUAUACAAAUGCUAGAUGGGCUUGCCUAUCUUCAUUCUCAAGGUAUAGUUCAUCGGGACAUAAAACCUGAUAAUAUUCUCCUCGACCAUAUGGGCGUCAUCAAGUUCGUCGACUUCGGUGCUGCAAAGAUUGUUGCCAAGAAAAGCGCUACGCGACGCUCGUCCGAGCACCUAAGUGCUGCGGUUCCAGACGGUGCAGGGAAGUUCAACAAUAGCCUUACGGGUACUCCCAUGUACAUGUCACCCGAAAUCAUUAAGAACGAUAAACGUGGUCGACAUGGUGCCAUGGAUAUAUGGUCUCUUGGAUGUGUCGUACUCGAAUUUGCUACAGGGAAGAAGCCAUGGAGUAACCUGGAUAAUGAAUGGGCAAUCAUGUUCCACAUCGGUGUGGCAACUCAGCACCCACCACUUCCAGAACCCGGCCAACUCAGCGAGCUGGGCAUCGAUUUUAUCAAGCAAUGUUUGACCAUUGAUGCGAUGAAGCGGCCGACUGCCCUGGAGCUGAGGGAGCAUCCUUGGAUGCUUGACUUCCGAAACUCCCUCCUUCAAGAGCAGGAACUGGAAGUGUCACCAGAUGAGAACGGGGCAGUGGCAAGACAAGCAUUGCUAAUGCAGGAGAAGCAGGCGGAAAUUCUGAAGAUGGCAUCGCCCGAGGCAACGCCGGAGUCGAUCCUGGACGUACCGGGCCUACUCACGCCAGUCGAUUCUUCAUCAGAAGUGGACUUUUGAAGAACGUUGUAUCACGGUAUUUAUUACUCUUACCGACCUUACUUUGCAAUCACACAUGUACUAUACACGGUUCCGUUUUGCUUUUGUUGGUUGUCACAUUGUAUGUCGUCAAAUCAGGAAAUAUAGGAAUGCAUUGCAAGCAAGC